AUGAGCGACACUAGUAUAGUUGCUGGUGGACCAUCAGAAGAUAAUUUUUAUGGUAUGCAAGACAAUUCUUAUCGUCGAAGAAGUGGCUGUUGGACUCGUUGUGGAGCUAAUAUUUGUGUUUGUAUCUUAGCUAUCUCAACGAUACUUCUAGUAAUGGCUUUAGCAUAUGAAUUUUAUCAGCAAAAGCAAAUAGAAGAACAUCGAAAAGCGAAAGCACAAAAAGCUGGAAAAAAGUAUAGUCGAUUACCAGGAAAAGGAUUAAUUAAGUUUGGUAAAAAGAUUAUUGGUAGUUUAUCAGAUGAUGCUGAGCAAUAUGAUGAUGAUGGUGAUGAUGAUGAUAAUAGCGAUGAUUCUUAA